AUGUCCGAGGGUGAUGUCGAGCACGUUUCUGGCCUCUAUGGCGGCAGUCCUCGUCAGUUCCGGCGCCUAUCCUCCCAAAGCACCACCGAGUUCUUCUAUGACGCUCUUUCGAACGGCUCUCGUGAUGACCCUCUAGCCGCGCUGUCCUCCCCUCCUCUUCCCUCGCUGUCGGGUAAAACGUAUCCCUCUCAGCUGGGUCUCACAAGCCUGCAACCCUUUCCUGCACCUACAAGCAUAACCCUGGAAGACCAUCGCGACAGUUACGGCCGAUCCUCGCCUGACCCAGACGACUAUUAUCGGCCACAUCUGCCCACGGUGGCUGCAAACGACGAAGGUGAUCUCGACUCGAGUGGUCGUCUCAUGGUGGAGGUCAACGGCGACGCAGCCGCAGAGCAACGUCCCAGACACUUCCAGCGUGUGUCUUCAGUACCACUACACCUGUUAGAAUCGUCAAACGCACACUUGGGUCAACACCGUUCGGCUUCCGAUUCAUCAUAUAAAGGCGUCGGGCACGAAUCCACCUGGGGAUCAUCAUCAGCGCGGGCUUCAACGGCAAGGUCAGGGCAAACAUCAUUCAAAGACUUAAUAAAUAAGUUCAACAACAACGUCGAUCACGUACUUCCUGUUCCAACCACAUCCACAGUCAGGUCACGGGUAACCUCGAGGCCUGCCACUCCGACCAGUCCCACCGAAGGCCCUUCACAUUCUAGAGCCCUCCCUCGCCUGCGAGAAACACACAACCUUCCGACGAGACAGCACUCUUACCACUGGCAUCCCACGAGCGUAUUUGAUACGGAUUCUUCAUCCGACCUCAUUCCACCCCCACUCAGGACGACUGACAUCGACAGCAAUCCUUCGAGUAACGUGACAUCCUCGGACGCGAUCCUUCGACGGCCUCUGCUUGGGGAAACCCUUCGAAUUGAUACGGGUCCGCAGAUUUCUGGAUAUGGAACCUCGCGGCGUCGAGGUUCUGACGGGAUCAUUCCGAGCCCGAAUCCAGCGUUCUUAGAUCAUCUUGACCCCUCGGCCGGCGUGACGCCCCUGACCCCCACUGCGUGGUACCUAGGGCGUACGCCUUUUUUGGAGGCCGUGAGUUCGGGAUCAAAUACAAGUAUUCACCGGAGGACGAGAAGUGAUAUUGCUGGAAACUGGUCUGUUGAGGCCGCGUACCCUCCUCCCGAAUCCCACAUGGCGGUCCCGGCCCCCUUGCAGGCCGAUUCCCAAACAUGCCUAGACAACACGCCGCAGACGACCAAAUCACGCAUUCCGAUUUCAUCCCACCGCUUGAACUCGCCUUCCGUUUCGGACGAGUCUCCUCCCCCUUCAAGGGCGGGUACCAAUUCCGGAAACCGUGCCGCUGUUCAAGUCCAUCUGCCACCAAAGGGCGCCAGCCGCCUCCCUAAACCUUCGCCCAAAUCGCCGCGUGACAUGCCUAGAAAUGAUCAAUCACCAGGUCGUACGGCAUCCCCACGCGCAAAGCGGGAAAUGGCUCAUGGACGAUCCCGCCAGCAGCUUCCUGAAAGAAAUGCACUUUUAGAAGCUUACAUUGCCGCGCCUCCUCCGAAAAAGUCACCACCUUUGCGCAGCUCGCGGCCGCGCCAGCCUGUAUCCCACACUCAAUCGUCUCGAUCCAAGGUGGUCGAAACGGUGUCCAAUUUCCAGAGACAAAUCAACCGCGAUCGGGAGUUCAGAAAUUCCAGAGCCCGUGAACGUAGAUUGCCGGAAUUGGGCCAUGUCGACUUUGCAACUAGGCGAGAGAAGAUCCAGCAGGCUUUCAAUCGCACCGUCCAGGAGAAUGAGAGGAAGGAAGAGAAGGCCGCCGAACUCCGUCGUCAAGCCAAAGCCCAGGAAGAACAGGGUGAACCUGCGCAACCACCUACGCCAGAACCACUACAGUCUGUGGAAAGAGAAGCAGAGCCUGCUUCCCACCCCGAGGAUAACGCAACCGUGAUCGAGGAAGUAGACGCGGUCCCCGAUGAGGAACCAGACCGAGUGCUCGAAACGACGGAUCCCCGACCGCUACCUGAGCUUCACGUCAACACAGAUGUCCACACACAGGAGAACGCACAAGGCAUCUCCGCCACACAUAUGAUGACGAUGGAUUCUCCAACUCUCGGACACGCAGACAUAAUUCAGAGAGGCCUAGGAUUUGAGCCCGAGUCCCACCCUCCUCCCGCAUCUGAUGUUACCUCGGAGUCGAACGAUACCCAUGUGACUGCUUUCGAUACGGAGCCACAAGUCGACUUGUCACGGCAGAAUUUGCAUUCUUCACACAGGACUUUGUUGAGUCAGAUCAUGCAUAUCCGGGAGUCCAGUCCAAGCAGCUCAUCGUGUGACGAGCACGAGUGUAGCUUCUCCGAAACUGACGACAGAGAAUCCGUACCUAUCAUGUUGAGGAAUGCUUUUGCUUUUGAGGAUCACGCAGACAGCAGCGAUAACCCAGAGUCGUGUGAUCUAUAUAUGCGACAUGGUGCGACAAACGGUGAGACACCCAACAGGUGGAGCAUGAGUUCUUGGUCGUCGUCUCUUCGCAACCAGCAUUCUGUGGAUGAGCAGUGCGAACAAAGUGGGGAUGAGUUCUCCCAGGCUCAGCAGUGUGGAGAGGAUAGUGAAGCGGCAACCCAAUCCUGCUCUGCGUCUUCCAGUACUCCAUCUAUGACCGGACAUCAACUUCCGAGCUCAGAAUCCCAGAAAACCGACGAGACCCCCGAGAUAAGACACGCCCCGGUAUCUCAACCAAAUGGCUUCGCAUUUUCUAGCGCAUCGAGCUUGGCAAGACUAGGCGGGUGGGAUUCAAAGAGGGUUGGUCAGCUUUAUCUUCAGGAGCUAGCUAACGGCAGAGGACAUGGCCUUCCUUUGCCAGCAGUUCGCGCAUCUCCAGAGCCGGCACAUCCCCAUUUUGACGGAAAGGCAGACGGAGCACCUAAUAGUUUGCCUGAUGGCCCAGUCCUUGUAUCUCGUAUUGGGGAUCCUCCUACUUCGGAGCGAUCGGGACAUACAGCAAGCCUAGUUUUGCGUGAUGACUGGGAACAUGCGUCCCCUUCGAUCAUGGACUGGAUGCAAAUCGCCGCUGCUGAAGACGGGCCUGCCUUGCAAGAGCAAAAUGGCGACGCACGCCCUAGACACGAUAGUGCGCUAACUCCGCGUUUACUUACACCCAAUCCGCAAUCAUCAUGCUCAGAAGAGGGGGAUGAAGGAUUAGGCCUGGCCAUCAAGGUUCAUGUGCCCCAAGAACUCGAGUCUCAUGAGCGUUACGCCCCUCCGUCCGCUCAUGCCCCGGAACCGCUAGGCGAGGGUGCACCGACAGACAGUGGCGUCAGCCAACAGCGACCGCAGCUACCUUCGAGUGUCAACGCAGAGCAACGUUUCAGCACUAUCAUCUCCGGUAUAUUUGCGCCGUUGGACCCUGUUCAGAGCACCGGCAGUAGCGAAGAUUCCUCUCUUCGCAGGCUUGAGCCAAUCUCAUCCCCUCAAACAUUUGACUCAUCCUCUACCUCUCUAGUGCCUUCAACAUCGGAGCAAUUCCGUCUCAAGGCACAAUCUCCCUCGCCAGAGCAACGCCGUUUGAAAAAGCGCCGACAUGUGAUCAAGGAGCUUGUCGAUACGGAGUACACGUUUGGGAGAGACAUGAAAGUUGUCGACGACAUUUACAAAGGGACCUCGAGUUCAUGCUUGGAUCUCUCUGCAGACGACGUGAAGAUCCUUUUUGCGAACUCAGACCAAGUGGUGCAGUUUUCAAUGGCGUUCCAGGAUGCACUCAAAGAAGCAGCAAAGAGCGUCUAUGUGAUGCCCAAGUCACAACGCUGGAGCAGCAAACGCAAUGCGCGCCAUAAUACAUCCAAGACCGAGUCGGAGAAUUCGAGCACAGCGGGAAUAUCCGAUCUAGACAAAGACAGGAUGACCUACAUUGGUGAGGCAUUCAUGGCGCAGAUGGGCUACAUGGAGAAGGUUUAUGCCGAUUAUUUGAAGAACCAUGACGCUGCCAACAAGAAGCUUCAGACGUUGCAGCGCAACCCCAAGGUCGCUAUCUGGCUCAAAGAAUGCCGAGACUGGGCGUCUGAUCUGACGACUGCGUGGGAUUUGGAUUCCCUUCUUGUCAAGCCAGUGCAAAGGAUCUUGAAGUACCCUCUCUUGCUAGCUGAACUCCUCGACUCGACACCCAGCGACCAUCCCGACCAUCCCGCUCUUGUCAGUGCCCUCGAAGAGGUUACAAAUAUAUCUGUCCGUAUCAAUGAGAUGAAGAAACGAGCCGACCUAGUGGGCCAAGUCGUCGGUCGAAAACGAAAAGAGUCGGAUGUGAGGACGGGCCUGUCUAAAGCUUUCGGCCGACGGACCGAGAAAUUGAAACAGCAAGUGGGCCUUUCCGACAUGAUCGAGGACAAGGUGUAUGACACGCUCGCCCAGAAAUUUGGGGACAACUUUUUCCAACUCCAACUGGUCAUGCGUGACGCAGAGAUGUAUACUCGCGAGGUGCAGACUUCCAUGGAUGGGUUCAGUGAAUUUGUCGCGGCGAUUGAAGGAUUCGUCGAUGUUUCCCCGUCCAACUAUGCCGAAUUGGAGGGCAGAUGGCGUGAGCUGAAGGUUUCUGUUGGGGAGAUAAUGACCGUGGCGUUGCCUGAACACCUUGCGGUGGUUCGAAAGAGUGUCAUUGAUCCGAUGGUCACGUUGCUCAAACUCCACGAUGGCCCACAGAGAGUAAUGAAAAAGCGCGACAAGCGUCUCAUGGACUACGCUCGCUUCCGAACCGCGAAGGAACGAGGCGAUAAACCGGACAAGAAGACUACCGAACAAGGAGAACAAUUUGUGGCGCUGAAUGAGACCCUGAAAGACGAACUCCCCAAGCUCUAUUCCCUGACCGCCAAAUUGAUGGAGGCCUGUCUCAAGAAUUUUGUGCAUAUACAGACUACUUGGUUCCGCCAACUCCAGAACAAGCUCGGGUCUCUAUUUGAGUCGUUCCCCGAAGAUAUCCAGAAAAUUGUGGAAGACUGGUCCUGCAACUUCAACUAUUCCGAGGCGCAGGUUCUGUCUCUGGGGAUUUGCAAUGGCUCGCUGCUGGCUGACACCGUCAACCUCGUCAACUUCAACACGCCCUCAACUGGGGCCAACAUCAAUUCACCUCGACGGCCGUCCACCGUUAACAGUGUCAGUACCCGCGUGGGAUCAAUUAUGGAGGAUUCGCCCAAAGUGUCCCAAGAUCUCGGCAAUGGCCCUCAUUCUUUCCAUUCACCCAGCUUUGACAGUCAGUCUCAGGUGUCUCAUGGGCGUCACAGAGCUGAUUCGACCUUCUCUGGUCGUGCGGUGCAUGAGACCGCCGAGAUACCCAGAAGCCAACUGCUGCAACAGAUCACCAACACUUCCUCCGGUUCCAUACCAGCAUCCAACACCAACACUGAGUCCUUCCCAAGUCUACCUAGGUUGAGUCUUGACUCCCCUUUCCUGGUUGACGUUAUCGGCCCUUCGAACGAUGGGACGAAGCCCGAGGAUGAGCCGCCCGCAUCUCCUGAUGGGCGGUAUUCCGGUUUCUUCUCAUCUGCGAUGCCGAUGUCGGACAACCCACAGGAUAACGCAGCGGCGCGCAAGGAGCCCCCUCAUGAUCCAGCCGUGCUGUUCCUCGCUGCAAGUAUCUACGAGUUCAAUAUUGACCGGGCACGACGUGAGGCUGGGUACCCUUACCUGACGUAUGUUGUCGGGGAGAUCUUUGAUGUCAUCGCGGAGAAAGGGGAGCUGUGGCUCGCCAAGAACCAGGAUGAUCCUACUCACCAGUUUCAUAGACUGGCUGAGGAUCGCCGGCCGACCAACUUCGCUUUUCGUCCCUCUCCUCCUCCCCUCCCCCCCCGUCUCUGUUCGUCAAUUGCUGGGCUUAGCAUCGAUCUCUCUUACGCCGACUUGGUCUCCUCCUACUGGCCAGCCCGUUUCCUACCGUAUGUGAUUCGACCAUCGCAGCCGGGGAUCGCUUCAACCAGCCGAUUCCCUCUCUUAUUGGGGCUCGACACGAUGCGAGACGGUGGCCUAGGGAAAUUGCAGAGAAGGAUGAGAAGAUUCGGCGAUACAUUGAACCCGGACGAUGCAUAUCUAAGCUUAACAAGAGGGGACAUGCAGUCGUUGAAGAAUGACUGGCUUACUGACAAUGUCAUCUCCUUCUGGGAGGAAUAUCUUGAGCACGAAUUCCUCAUUCAAUACAAGUCCUCCAACAUCGUUCUCCUUCGGCCGAGCAUGUCGUUCAUGAUCCUUCAGACGCCAAACCCACAUUCCCUGCGUGAAGCCCUCCCGGACUUCUCCCGUACCACGCACGUCUUCCUCCCGAUAAAUGACUGUCGCAAUGUCACAGAAGCAGAGGGGGGCACGCACUGGUCGUUGCUCUUGAUUUCGAUUGUAGACGGGGUAGCGUUCCACUAUGAUUCGCUCCCCCCGGGCAACAUCUGGGAGGCGCGGAUAGUGACGAUGAAAUUCGGAGCUCUGCUGGGCCGACCGAUAAGAUACGUCCAUUUGGAGGACUCGCCUGUCCAAGAGAAUGGCAGUGACUGUGGUGUUUUUGUUUGCUUGAGCAUGCGUCAUCUGCUGCUGAAGCGACUGCUCACUGCCAACGCCAACGAGAAAGUCAGCAUGAGUCUUGGCGGGCGCAAGGUUGAUGCCCGUUCGGGGCGGAAAGAAAUCGCUAAGAUCAUUGAAGGCUUUCGGAAGGAAGGCGAACGGCGGAGAUCGUACGUUUGA